GAAGGUGGAAAUGCUGUUGACGCCGCAAUCACCACUCACAUAUGUGUCGGUACUGUUAAUGUUUUUGCUGCUGGUGGUUUCAUGUUAGUUAGAUUACCAAAUGGAUUCGCUGAAGUCAUAGAUUUUCGUGAAGUUGCUCCUCGCGCUGCUCAUCAGGAUAUGUUUUUAAAGGACCAUUCAAAAGCAAAG